CUGUAUACUUCACCUUCCACCACGCUCCCCUCUUUCUUCUCUCUCUCUCUCUCUCUCUCUCUCUCUGUAGAAAUCUCUCUUGCUUUCCAUUUCUUCUGCUUGGCUGUCAACGAGAGCUGGCUGGUUGUAUCUGAGGAAUUUCUUUCGCUUCGGCCUCCAGAUUUCUGUGCGUCUUUGUCCUCCAUAACUGACCCCUUAUUAGUUCUGACAGGUGCCUUAUUGGAUAUCCAGAGCUGCCAUAGAUAUAUAUUCAAGCCACUGUUGCACUUCAGAAAUAGCAACUUCUUAGCCUCUUUUUGAAGAGGCCUCGGCCCUACUACUUGAUCUUCUGAGUUCAAUUACAGAGUGAGAAAGUAGAUCUUGCUGGAAAAGAUGACAGUCAGAACUCCUGGAACAACACCAUCCAAGACUGAUCGGAUGCCAGUAUCCACUCCUGGAGGGCCAAAAGCGAAGGAGGAGAAGAUCGUGGUUACUGUACGGUUAAGGCCUCUAAACAAGAAGGAGCAGUCUGCUAAAGAUCAAGUAGCAUGGGAAUGCGUUGAUGAUCAUACAAUUGUGUAUAAACCACAACCUCAAGAACGUUUAACUCAGUCAGCCGCUUUUACAUUUGAUAAAGUCUUUGGUCCUGGAAGUUUAACUGAAGCUGUAUAUGAGGAAGGAGUAAAGAAAGUUGCUUUGUCUGCCUUGAUGGGCAUAAAUGCCACGAUAUUUGCUUAUGGACAAACUAGUAGUGGGAAGACGUACACGAUGAGAGGAAUAACUGAGAAAGCUGUUAAUGACAUUUACGAGCAUAUAAUAAAUACUCCAGAGAGAGAUUUCACAAUCAAGAUAUCUGGACUAGAAAUUUAUAACGAGAAUGUCAGGGACCUGUUAAAUUCAGAAUCUGGUCGUAGCCUCAAGCUUCUUGACGAUCCAGAGAAAGGUACUGUAGUUGAGAAGUUGGUGGAGGAAAAAGCAAACAAUGAUCAGCACUUAAGACAUCUGAUUAGUAUUUGUGAAGCCCAAAGGCAAGUUGGGGAAACUGCCCUAAAUGAUACCAGCUCGCGCUCACACCAAAUAAUAAGACUGACUAUAGAAAGUACUCUCAGAGAAACUUCAGAUUGCGUGAGAUCUUUUGUUGCAAGCCUGAACUUUGUAGAUUUAGCUGGAAGUGAAAGAGCCUCACAGACUAAUGCAGACGGUGCUAGGCUAAGGGAAGGAUGCCAUAUAAACCUUAGUCUAAUGACUCUGACUACCGUAAUCAGAAAACUCAGUGUUGGAAAAAGGAGCGGUCAUAUACCUUAUCGAGAUUCAAAGCUUACUCGCAUAUUACAACACUCACUUGGUGGGAAUGCACGUACUGCCAUAAUAUGUACCUUAAGUCCAGCAACGAGCCAUGUUGAACAAUCACGGAAUACUCUCCACUUUGCAACUCGGGCAAAGGAAGUCACAAAUAAUGCUCAAGUCAACAUGGUCGUUUCAGAUAAGCAGCUAGUAAAGCACCUGCAGAAAGAAGUAGCCAGGCUAGAAGCAGAGCUGCGCACUCCUGAUCCAUCCAGGGAAAAAGAUUUGAAAAUUCAAGAGAUGGAGAUGGAAAUUGAAGAACUGAGACGCCAAAGAGAUCUUGCACAAUCUCAGGUAGACGAGUUGCGCAGAAAACUUGAGGAGGACCAGCAGAGCUCAAACCCAUUUGAGUCUCCCCUCCAGUCAGUUAAGAAGUGUCUCUCUUAUUCUGGAGUCUUGUCACCAAAAAUCGAUGGAAAGGAGGUAGUUCACAGUGAUAGAACAAGAAAAACAAUGUCAAGGCAGUCAAUGAGGCAGUCAUCAACUGCUCCUUUCAUGCUUAUGCAUGAAAUCCGCAAACUUGAACACCUUCAGGAGCAGCUUGGAGAAGAAGCAAAUAGAGCUCUAGAAGUGCUGCAGAAAGAGGUGGCCUGCCAUAGACUAGGUAACCAAGAUGCAGCUGAGACAAUAGCAAAGUUGCAGGCAGAAAUAGGGGAAAUGCGUACUGUAAGACCAGUGAAGAAAGAAGUCGAGGUUGGAAGUAUGAUAGCUCCAAACAAGAGUGUGAGUUCUAACCUCAAGGAUGAGAUAACAAGACUUCAUUCACAGGGCAGCACUAUUGCAGACCUAGAGGAGCAACUGGAAAAUGUUCAAAAGUCUAUAGACAUGCUAGUAAUGUCUCUUCCUAGCUGCAAUACACAAUCCAACGGUGAAGCAACCCCCGGGUCUAAGAAUCAAUCUAAGAGGAAAAAGUUACUUCCUUUAGCCUCAAGUAAUGUUGUAAACCGACAAAAUUUUAUAAAAUCUCCUUGUUCACCUCUUUCAACUUCCCGACAAGUUUUGGAUUCAGAUAUUGAAAAUAGAGCUCCAGAAGUCGAUGAUACUAUCUCCAGAGAGAUACCCGAAUCUGACAAAGAGACUCCCACAAUGAGUGAAGAAGGUGGCGAUAUCUCAUCAAAGGAAGAUACUCCAGUUUACCGGCGCCAAAGUUCAGUUAACAUGAAGAAAAUGCAGAAAAUGUUCCAGAAUGCAGCUGAAGAGAAUGUGAGGAGCAUAAGAGCAUAUGUAACAGAACUGAAAGAACGUGUUGCCAAACUACAAUACCAGAAGCAGCUGCUUGUUUGCCAGGUGCUUGAGCUGGAAGCAAAUGAAGCAGCUGGAUACAAUUUAGAGGAUGAUGAGAACACAAUUGAGUCACAGGAACCUCAGGUGGCAUGGCAUAUAACUUUUAAAGAGCAAAGGCAGCAAAUAAUUGAGUUAUGGCAUGUAUGCCAUGUCUCCAUCAUUCAUAGGACGCAAUUCUAUUUGUUAUUCAAGGGGGAUCGAGCUGAUCAAAUCUACAUGGAAGUGGAGCUCAGGCGUUUGACUUGGUUAGAACAGCAUUUGGCUGAACUUGGUAAUGCAAGCCCUGCUCGAGUAGGGGACGAGCCUGCUAUCUCUCUAGCCUCAAGCAUCAGAGCAUUGAGGCGUGAAAGGGAGUUCCUUGCAAAACGGGUUACCUCACGUUUGACUCCAGAGGAGAGAGAUGCAUUGUACAUUAAAUGGGAUGUACCACUUGAUGGAAAGCAGAGGAAACAACAGUUUGUAAACAAGCUUUGGAUUGAUCCUCAUGAUCCUAGACACAUAGAUGAGAGUGCUGCAAUAGUGGCAAAGCUAGUUGGUUUCUGCGAAGGCGGAAAUAUCUCGAAGGAGAUGUUUGAGCUCAAUUUUGUGCUACCAUCGGACAAGAGGCCCUGGAUUAUGGGCUGGAAUCCAAUUUCCAACCUUCUUCAUUUGUGAGAACAUACAAUUUGAUUGUAAGUACUUCCCAUUCUGUACAUGUAAAUGAAUUUUGGAGUUCUUUCUCCAAUCUUCUGAAGUAUUGGUUAGGGUGUGACUGUUUGAGCACACUUGGGAGGAUGGUUUGGGUUGUUUGUUAUCGUUCUUCUUUGUCCAAUUUUUGUAAUCUUCAUGUUCAA